AUGUCUCAUAGCCCGCGGCCCUUCUUACCUGGUCGUCGUCAUGGCCUCCGCCACGAUCGACGGCGUUUCCUUCCCGGCUCGCACGUGGAUUCACGGUUAUCAGAAUCAUGCAUGAAGGAUGCUCAGCCUAGCGACGAUCAAUCUGAUGGACGAAACGGACAUCGACUUCCUCUUCAAGCUCGGGUCCGCGGGAGCUGGGACCACAAAUCGACGCGCAGCCCCAUCUUGAGUAUCGGUAUCUGGACUGCAACGGGUUACCCCGGAAUUCAGUCGGCAGUGCCCGCGCUGGCCGAUGACAGGAGGAACCGGCGAUCCCAAGGAAAAUGUGACAGGGAGGCGCUGAGCGCUAGGCCAAUGAAGGGACCAGCACUCUAACGGCAGACUCGGGCGGAGGCAUCCGAGCCGCUAGGAGGCUCAUGCGCACGAGCAGGAAGCACACAAAGAUA